CAUCAUUUAUCAAAUGUGUGGAGCUGUAUCGCGUUUUUAAUAUCAAAUGAAAUAGGCUAUAAUCACGUUGCAAUCAUCCGCUUUUCGGUCCGGACAUGUGUGAUUGGUCAGGGCCGCCCGAAGCCCCGCCCCUUGGCGCUGGGGAGACGGGCUUGUGUGGGUGAGUGGUGCGCGUAGCAGUCUACUGAAAGGUGGCUGGGAACCGUCUGGACUACUUACUUUCGCCUGGAUAUCAACGGAGCUGGAGCAGGGACACGCGCAGGGAGGUUUAUCGGGAAUUAAAAGAGCCAAAUCCGGUGGACGACGGGGAUUUGCAUUCGUAAAGAUUAACUCAGACCGCUGAUAGUUUACCGCGCACCUGUCAGUCGUGCUGUCAAAAUGUAGCUCGUCGUUGUGUUUGUUUAAUUUAUAUUGCUGUCACGUUUGGGAUCCGCUUUUGCAUGCCGCUGAUGUAGGCUAGCUCAGUUUCGGUUAAUCACUCUGUUAUUUUGCACGUGCGCGUUUCCCCCCUACCACUUCACUCCCGAAUGUUUCCUACGCUGUCACGCGCAGGUGUUCGGCUGUAGCUGUCGCGGGACCAUGGGGGGUAACCUGGGGUGUCACCGCUCGAUCCCCCGAGAUCCGACGGAUUUCUGCCAGAACAAGCGCAAGUUCAGCGCGGCGUGCAACUUCAGCCACAUCUUGGUGAACCAGGAGCGGCUGAACAUCAACACAUCCACGGAAGAGGAGCUCAUGACGCUGCCGGGCGUGAACCGUGCCGUCGCCCGGAACAUCGUGGAGUACCGCGAGUGCAUCGGCGGCUUCAAGAAGGUGGAGGACCUGGCGCUGGUCAGCGGUGUGGGCGCCGCCAAGCUGGAGGCGAUCAAGCUGGAGAUCUGCGUCAGCAGCCGGACCAGCUCCUCGCAGCACUCGCCCUCGUCGCUGCGCCGGGAGCACGACCACCUGCCGGGCACCGGGAUGAACAUCAACACCGCCACUCCGGCGCAGCUCAUGAGCAUCCGCGGCAUCACGGAGAAGAUCGCCCGGAACAUCGUCGACUACCGCACGGCCAACGGGCCCUUCAAGAGCAUAGAGGACCUGGUCAAAGUAAACCACAUAAACUCGUCUCUGCUGGACCGGAUCCGGUUCCUGGUUUUCGUGGAGCGCUCCAGGACGCCGUCCACCAACACCAACGGCGGCCUGACGGGCACGAACAGGUCGCACCCGAGCCCGACCUCUCUCAGCCUGCGGAGCGAAGAUCUGGACCUGCCUCCCGGAGGACCGACGCAGAUCAUCUCGGUGCGGCCCAGCGCCGAGCCCCUUCCGAGCACCCGGGAGGGCCGGCCGGUGGUGCGCGUGGCCACCUGGAACUUGCAGCGCUGCUCCCGCGAGAAGGCGAACAACCCGGGCGUGAAGGAGGUCGUGUGCAUGACGCUUUUGGAGAACGACAUUAAGCUCCUGGCAGUUCAGGACCUUGCUGAUCAGGAUGCUCUAGAGAAGUUCUGUGUGGAGCUGAACCAGGCCACCCUUCCCAGCGUGCGCCGGUGGAGGGGCCCCAGGGGCGUGUGGAGGUGCCUCACCUCCGAGAGCCAGUCCCCAAAGGCGUCUGAGUUUUCGGGCUUCCUGUGGGACUACAGCUCCGGGAUCGAGCUGAGGGACACCGUCCGGCUGGGGAGUCCUGUCGCCAAUGGCAACGGGAAGCCCGCCCCCCCCCGGCCCUUCCUGGCACGUUUCAAUAUUGGCUCGUUGGAGGUGAUGGUUGCGAACGUCCACCUGACAGGCCUGCCGUCCCCCCCGGAAACGGCCAGCGGGAAGAGUCGCCACGGCGACCGUGCAGGCUUGCGUCUGACGGAGGACUUGCAAGAGACGCUGAAAGGGGAGAAAACUCUGCUGCUAUUGGGUGAUUUCGGGCUGCCCCCAGACAGCGGGGAGCUGGAGGUCCUGAGGAAGGAGAAGAUGGCCGCCCUGCUGCCCCCCUCCCUCCACACCAACAUCAGCACCCGCUCCCCCCUGGGCUCCCACUGCCUCGACAACCUGUGGGCCAGCCGCUGCCUGAAGAAGAUUUACUCAGGUCACUGUUGGGUAGUGCGGGAGGGCCUGACCAAUCCCUGGAUCCCAGAUAACUGGUCGUGGGGCGGAGUCGCAUCAGACCACUGCCCCGUCGUCGCCGAGUUCUACACGGAUACAGUCGCCAAGGAGACGGCCCGGACCGGGGUCGCCGUGGUGGAGCGGUGCGAGACCCCAUCCAAAAAUGAGCGGUGAUGACGUCACCGCCACCACAGGACGGUCGUCAUGGAGAUGACAGGAAGUGACAUCACACUCCAUCUUGUCCCUUUUCUCCUUGCACCUGUUUUUGGGACAGAAGGAUCUUGAUUUACCCGCCGACGCAAGAGAGGCGAUCCUGUCCAAAAACAAGCGCUGAUGAUGUCACCACCACACAGGAUGGUCGUCAUGGAGAGGACAGGAAGUGACAUCACACUGCAGCCUGUCCUCUUCCCCUUGCUGUAUUUUCUGCUUUUUUUUUUGGACAGAAGGACCGUGUAAGGAGCACCGAGAAUGCCUUUCUCUGACUGUGUGCCCCUGCACACCAGAGGCCAGCAAAGCAAUGCUAUUGAAACACAGAUGUAUGAAUAUGUAUGUACAUAACACAGAUGCUCAUAUGUGCCAAAUGUAAGAUUUUUAAGAGAAGUCUAUGAAAUUAAAUAAAAUGGAGAUUGUGUUUGUGAA